UCCUCCGAGCGCCCUUCGCCCUCCCCGGGAAGGGGUCCCGGGCUCGGAGGUGCCCGCUCCCCUCGGGGCUGCGGGGGCGGCGGUGUCCCGGCAGGCACAAGGGCUCAGGGUGCCCGGAGACCCCAGAGCGAUCCGUGGGGACGAGUGGGAGCAAGAGCCGGGGGUGCGGCUUGAAGGGGGAGCUGGCACCCCGUGGGAAAACUUAGGAACUGCUCCGCUCCGGCGGCGUGUGGCGAUAAUCCCGCUGGCAUCCACCGGCAAAGUGGGUUUGCACCAAGACAGAUCGGAGUGUCUGAGAGUAAAGCUGCCAGGCACUCUCCUCCCAUAGUCUUCAUCUCCUGUGACACUAAAAGCAUCUCCUUAGUCACUAGCUGCGGCGGCGUAGAGAGGGGAGGAGGUUGCGGGGCCAGCGAGGAGCUUCAAGUCUUUUUUUUUCCGAGGAAGAUGCAGGUUGUUGUAUAGCGGAUGGCACGGAGGUGCGGUGCGGGCAGAGCAGCGGCCGGGGCUGCCGCUCCACGGCUCUGAUCCUCUGGCUUUGAUCCAGUCACCCCGACUCCGCUCUCGCUGGGACAGCCUGGGCUGAGUGACAAGAGGCAAACAUGGCCCAAGCACCCACUGAUCCAAGUAGUGUGGAAACUGCUGACCCAGAGGAGACUUCACCAAAUAUGAUAGUCUACAGGAAGAUUGAAGAUAUCAUUACAAGAAUGCGGGAUGACAAAACAGGUGGAGUUCCCAUCCGCACUGUCAAGAGCUUUCUGUCCAAAAUCCCCAGCGUUGUCACUGGUGCUGAUAUUGUGCAGUGGCUUAUGAAGAACCUCAACAUUGAGGAUCCAGGUGAAGCAAUACACUUGGGAAGUCUUAUCGCUGCACAGGGUUAUGUGUUUCCAAUCUCAGACCAUGUCCUUACCCUGAAAGAUGAUGGGACAUUCUAUCGUUUUCAGGCACCAUACUUUUGGCCUUCAAACUGCUGGGAACCAGAAAACACAGAUUAUGCCAUCUAUCUUUGCAAACGGACCAUGCAGAACAAAGCUAGGCUGGAGCUGGCAGAUUAUGAAGCCGAAAACUUAGCAAGACUUCAGAGAGCAUUUGCAAGAAAGUGGGAAUUUAUCUUCAUGCAAGCUGAGGCCCAAGUGAAAAUCGACAGGAAAAAGGAUAAAACAGAAAGAAAGAUUUUGGACAGCCAGGAAAGAGCAUUCUGGGAUGUGCACAGGCCUGUGCCAGGCUGUGUGAACACCACAGAAAUGGACAUCAGAAAGUGUCGUCGUAUGAAAAACCCACAGAAGGUGAAAAAGUCAGUAUAUGGGAUUACAGAGGAGUGUCAGCCUCAGAGCCCUGUACACAUGCCUUCCCAACCUAUACGCAAAACUACAAAGGAGGAUUUCCGGAAACAAAUAACUUUUCUGAAUGUGCAGAUAGAGAGACAUUGUUUAAAGAUGUCCAAAGUAGCAGAAAGUUUAAUAGCCUACACAGAGCAGUAUGUGGAAUAUGACCCUUUUAUAACUCCUGCUGAGCCUUCCAAUCCCUGGAUAAGUGAUGAUACAGCACUGUGGGACAUUGAAAUGAGCAAGGAACCUAGUCAGCAGCGUGUGAAAAGAUGGGGUUUCUCCAUGGAUGAGGUACUGAAGGACCCAGUAGGACGAGACCAGUUCCUUCGUUUCCUGGAAUCGGAAUUCAGCUCAGAAAACCUCAGGUUUUGGUUGGCUGUCCAAGAUCUCAAGAAACAACCUCUACAGGAUGUAACCACCAGAGUGGAAGAAAUCUGGCAAGAGUUUCUAGCUCCUGGGGCCCAAAGUGCUAUCAACCUGGAUUCCCACAGCUAUGAGAAAACAAGCCAAAAUGUCAAAGACCCAGGGAGAUAUACAUAUGAAGAUGCACAGGAGCACAUUUACAAGCUGAUGAAGAGUGACAGCUACGCACGCUUCCUCCGUUCAAAUGCUUACCAGGACUUAUUGCUGGCAAAGAAGAAGCCAGAGAAUGAGCAAAGUCGUAGAACUUCUCUAGAAAAGUUCACUCGCAGUGUGGGAAAGUCUCUGGCAAGCAAGCGCCUCACGGGCCUGAUGCAGUCCUCCUGACGGCUUCAGCCCACUGCCCCGCAGAGGAGACACCUGGGACCGCUGCUGGGGACGGGGCAUUCUGGGGAGAGUGGGUCCUCACUGGGGACAGAGCCUGAGCCAGCGCAGGUGGAAAGCCACACACCGGGGGAGCACCUCUUCACAGUUUACAUCGACACUUUCCUACCUGUACCGCUUUGUAAGGACGCCGUGCAGCUACCUUGUUUCCAUGCAGGGUUUGGAGGAGCUCUUUUCACCAUACUGAGAAGGUCAACAAGGCAAGGAAUUGCUGUCUUGGUAUGUAAGGAAAUGGACCUAACCACAACUUGGAGAAAGAAGAGCUGAGAGAGAUCAGUAUUUUUCCUUCAUCUCUUCUCUCCCUUGCAGAAACAUGGCUGUAACAGAUGCUGCCACAAUUCCACUUGCUCUCUUUCUUGUGGCUGUCUGGAUCCAAUAAAAUAUCUGCUGGAAGUUGCUUCUCCUUUUCACAAAAUCUCAAAUGCAUUUUUCCUGCAGAUUCAUUGACUUUAGCUUUGUGGGUUUUUUUCCUAUGUCUCUCCUUUAAAGCAAUGGAGAGAAAAAAAAAGACAGUAUGGAAGAUCAUCACUCGCUGUCCUUCCAUAGCAUGUAGCAUGUCCAGAGAUGAUGGCCAGAUCCUCAGCUGAAGUCAGGAGAAUGUGAGUGAUUUUCAUCACCUGAGUGUCUGCCCCAUCAAAUCGGACUCUGAUCUUGGUGCAGAUCCUCUGAUGUUAGUGGAAUCACUCUGCAUGUACGUCUAGUGAAAAUGUGAUCAGACUCUGCCCGAUGCUCAAAAUCUCCUGUUUUAGAUGUGUAGUGCACACACAAACACACCAUGCGGCAUUUAAGAGUGAAUUGUUUUAUAUUGUAUUUGAUUUUCUAUUUAUUUAAGGUUUUGCAUACUUAAUGAUGGAUGUUCAAGCUUUACUCCAAGUAGGUAGAAUUAAACCACUUAGAGGAGACUCCAACUCCAAUUGCAGAGAGCAAAAACCUGCUCACGUGUAUACAGGGAAAGGCAACUCUGAUAAGGGCAGGUGUCAAAAUUCAAUCUACAGUGAGGAGGGAAUUGAUAGAGAUGGGACCAGUGGAAGCAGGGUAUGAAUGCAGAGGGCACUGGGUGCCAGGUAACCCCUCCUGAACAGCAGCACAUCCAGCUGUGAAGUAAAGCUCAGAUAACUUACUCCACUGAGAAGCACCAUUGUAAGAGUGAAAUCGUACCUCUUGCAGAAAUGAGCUUCCACUAAAACUCAAUCAACCUACAGUCCACAAAUACAAAUGCAAGAGGUGACCCAGUAGCUUGUUUCAAACUGUUGGGAGUGUAGAGGUUAGGAUGAGAACAGAACGGAGGUGACUUUAAUUAAAAAACCCACUUACACUAGCUGCAGAUAGGAAAAUGGACUGCAUUCACAUACAGUAUAUAGUCUAUACAGCAGAUUUUCAAGACUCAAUUGACUUAGUGCCACAAAACCUCCAGUAUUUUGCAGGCAUUCAAAUCAAGCGUAUGUGAAAAUAGAUAUCUCUUGAUCUUCUUCACUCGUGAUAAGGUAAAUUGGCUUUUUGUGCAGGUGGUAGAAAUUGCUGUAUGGCUACAAGUCUGCAUUCCUACAUAGGGAAAGCCAUCUAGCUAAGUAGACAGCUGACUAUCAACAAUCCUCACUUCUGAGGCAAGUAUUAUUCUACUAUCUAAGGCCUAUAUAUGCACAAAAUCAGGCCACCAUAGUUUCUGUCAGAAACAGGACCUUUCCUUUCUCCCUAGGACAUUUCUUAUCUUGAUACAUCUUUUCCCCCUCCCCCCAGAAAACUGCUAUUAUGUAUUUUACCUAAGGUCCGUAGGAACCUCUACACCUGCAUGCGUGUACAUUAUAAUAUUGAGGGUGAUACUUGUUCUUUACACAUACCUGUUCCCACAAACAGCCUGUUGUCUGAGGUCUUCCAACCAAAUUGUCCUACACUUACAUGACACACAAGCAAGUUCCGGGACUUCAGAACCACCAUGGUUGUACCUGUGCAUUCAUGUGUUGUCCUGCCUCUGAACAGGACAUUUGGUUCCCUCCAAAUUGUCACUUAGCUGUCCUUGCAGGAGCCAUUUGUCCCGUGUUGCCCACCCGGCCAAAGGGUCCCCUUGGGUAAUCUUUGCUUAGUAGGCCUGGUUAUCCAUUCACGCACAUUCAUAUGUGUCCACUUACAUAAUCCCUAGGAAAAUGCAAAGACUGGCUCUUCUCAGAGCCUUGGUGACAUCGUUUUUAUCUGUGUCAAACCCACCAUUGUCACGCAUUACUGGAGCUCUGUAAACCAACAGCUGCUCUACUGGCAGUGCUGCCCAGCCUCUAGGCUGAAGCAUUUCCCAUAGGAGGUCUGUCCUGUGAACCCCCAGGUUGGUCUGCAGAGCAUUCCUGAGCGAGAUGUACGCACAAAUCAUGAAACUGGUGUAUAGCAAGGAGUGGAGUCAGCAAGGUCUUACCAGGGGGUCUUCUCCUGGGGGAAGGGUGGGGUAGCUCCAUGGAGGUACUCCUUAGUGUCCUGCAGCAGGGGAGCACAUAUGGGCAGGACUGAAGGAUGCUGGUGGAUACACGUGACAGGUGGAAUUGAGGUUAUGGUCUGUGCAGGGAGCAGCAAUGCCAGACUUGAACUGGGAGAUGUGCCACUGCCUUAUGAGUGUAGAGCCCCACUUGCUCUUUCCUGCUACGUUCCCACUGGACAGUUGUGUUGGUUUCUGCAGUGUUUUGCCUAUGAGAUUUUGAACAGUGUAUGGAGGGAAUUUUUACAGGCACUGAAAGCAUGCAUAUAGGCAUACAUCAGAGGGCCUGGCUGCUGAACAGCUUGCCAUUUAAAUGCACACUCAUGCAGGCUAAUCUGCUCAGUAAUGGCUAUCUGAGCAGACAGAGCUGCAUGUUCUCUGGAGAGAAGAAAGCUCUGCUUCUAAUUUCCUGACUACAUUUCUCUAAAAUAGACAUGAGAGUAGAGAAGGCCUUCUCCUGGAAACACAUAUGAACUGCUCUUCACAUGUCUUUUACUUCACAUAUGAUGAUACCAACAUGUAACUACUUCCACAUGAUCCUCAUUCUUGAAUUAUUGUUUUUUAAUGACAUUGCUUGUUACAGGCGAUGCUGCUCUUGUACUCUCACCAAAAUCCCAUUGAGAGUUGCAAGCAGUAAUCCGAUGCUUUAUAAGAGUCCCAUGUCUUCCAACUACCUCAUCGUUCUGAAGAUGAGUUAGGAAAUCAGCUUUCCACCUCUAUUUCUGUUCUAAAUGGCAUUGUUUCAAGGCAAGGCAGUAUGGAAAGCUUUUAUGACGUCCAUGCUGUGCAAGUUAGCUACAAAGCUUCCCAUACUUACAGCGCUAUGGCUGUGAAAUAUGGCUGUACACUGUUAUUUGGAUAACAGAGUAUCCAGUGUAUUUGUGGCGAUUGUGGCAAACUGACACCAGGACAAGCACUACGAAGGUUCGACAAGCCUGUGAAGACAGCAUUGGGCUAAAGUAAAUGGAUUAAUGUACUCUCAGUAUAACUCAGUGCUAAGAUCCCAUAGAGAACUGUAAUAAAACGGUAGCAGGGCAGCCAUAAAAAGUGGCAGUAAGCUGACAUAAUAAUACCAGGAUAAAUGUAGCAAUAAGGUAACACAGGCCACUGCAGUAAAGUAGCAUUUUGAUAAUGCAACAAUAAGACACAAUAGGAUGCUGCAGUAAAUUAGUUUGGGGAAUAAAGCAGUAAUAACUGUAUGUGUGGACAAACAGUGGCACAUUUGUACUGCAGCAAUAAAGAUAACACAAGGUGUCCUAGUAAUAAGUUACUACAGUAACAACAACAUGACGCACUAUAAAGUUAUAUCAGGAUGCUUCCAUGCUGCAAUCAAAUCCUGCAAGAGGUGGUAGUGAGACAAUAAAGACAAAAUAUGCCCCAUUUCAGACUGCAAAAGAUCAGUCAGUUUUCCGACUGGUAACCCAAAUUCUGGAAUGAUCUCAGCAAUACCAAUCCUAUUACUCCCCACUUUCAAGGAAGCUGAGGCAAGAGUAUUCCCCAUCCAGUCUAUUAUUUUGGCUCGAAAAUACAAAUUAGACUCAUUGUUUCUUCAGCCAAAUUGCCACAGAUCGUGGUGAAAUUUUUUCAGUUAGUCCUUACUCAGGUGAAACACCAGUGAUUUCAGUGAGUCCUUUGCCUUGGAAAAGAUUUGGAUCUCUCAUCUUCUGGCACAGGCGAUGCUUUUAGCCCACAAUUAUUUCUGUUUUGGGGUGGGGGAAGGGGAACCCGGGUACAGAACUUCUGACUGUAUUGGUCUGUUUCCUGAAAUGCACAAAUAAACUGA